GCCCGAGGAAGAUCCUGAGGGAGCCGCAGGAGCAGUCACCCCUGCUACCGCUACUGCCGCCACCGCGUCUUUCCGUCUUCGGCCAGCCCGUCUAAUUCACCGGGGCCUGGGCCUUCCGCCCCCGCCUCCUCUCUCUCUGCGUCCGCUCUCCUCUUCCUCUUCCUGACGCCCCCCUCCCGCCCGGAAAGCUGCCCAGCCACCAGCAACCCCCCAGUGCCACCAUGGCAACUGCACCAUACAACUACUCUUACAUCUUUAAAUAUAUUAUUAUUGGAGACAUGGGAGUAGGAAAAUCUUGCUUGCUUCAUCAGUUUACAGAAAAAAAAUUUAUGGCUGAUUGUCCUCACACAAUUGGUGUUGAAUUUGGUACAAGAAUAAUUGAAGUUAGUGGCCAAAAGAUUAAACUGCAGAUUUGGGAUACAGCAGGCCAGGAGCGGUUUAGGGCUGUUACACGAAGUUACUACAGAGGUGCUGCAGGAGCACUCAUGGUCUAUGAUAUCACUAGAAGAAGUACAUAUAACCAUUUAAGCAGCUGGUUGACAGAUGCAAGGAAUCUCACCAAUCCAAAUACUGUAAUAAUUCUCAUAGGAAAUAAAGCAGACUUGGAGGCACAGAGAGAUGUUACAUAUGAAGAAGCCAAACAGUUUGCAGAAGAAAAUGGUUUAUUAUUCCUUGAAGCAAGUGCAAAAACGGGAGAGAACGUAGAAGAUGCGUUUCUCGAGGCUGCCAAGAAAAUCUAUCAGAAUAUUCAGGAUGGAAGCCUGGAUCUGAAUGCUGCUGAGUCUGGUGUACAACACAAACCCUCAGCCCCACAAGGAGGCCGGCUAACCAGUGAACCCCAGCCCCAGAGAGAAGGCUGUGGCUGCUAGUGACCUCUUUGUCAUGGCCCCUCAUUUGACCUUUCACCUAUGUCUGUUGGAAGCAGUACUUUUUACUGCCUCAUUGUCUUCUGUACAUCUUACUGGGUUUAAUUAAAAAAAA